CAUAUCAUUCCAUGGCUAACCGUCGACGCCGCAACAAUUCCCCUGCUUCUCAAAAUGACCUUAACAACCCGCCUCCAGUUAGUAAUCCAACUCCUGGCGGUUCUUCCACUACUCGCCACCCUGCGUAUCAUGGUAUCCGAUGCCGAGCUGGAAAAUGGGUGUCUGAAAUUCGUGAACCAAACAAAACAAGUCGUAUAUGGUUAGGCACGUAUCAAACACCCGAAAUGGCAGCUGCCGCUUACGAUGUAGCUGCAUUGGCACUCAAAGGUACUUAUGCUGUCCUAAACUUUCCCGACUCUAUUCUCUCUAGCACACUUCCAGAGUGCCCCACUGCCGAUGACAUUCGUGCAGCUGCAGCAAGAGCUGCAGCUGCUCGAGCUCCUACUAAUCAAAGUGGAGCCGGAAGCUCCACCAAUCCUGGACAAUAUAUGGACGACGAUGCUGUAUUUGGUAUGCCAAAUAUGUUGUCCGACAUGGCUGGAGGAAUGCUGAUCAGCCCGCCCAGGGAUGAUAACUCUAGUCCCCCGGAUGAGGGGACAGGUAACUCUGGUGGAGGAAAUCUAUGGGACUAUUAAUUGACCAUGAAAACAAGCUAUAUGUAAUAAUUAUUAGUAUCAGCCGGUAAUUUGACUACAUAUAUAUUUGUGCUUAUGUAACAUAUAAAGGGUGCCUUCUUUUUUUCUUCCAUAAAUCUUCAGUUUAACCAAAAAUAUGAAGAUAUAUAUGGAAUUUUGUUGGUGUAUGUAACACAUCAACUUGUAUCAAAGGUUUGUUUUAGAAGUGUGUUUUUGUACAUUAAAAUAAAUGUAACAUAUCCUACUUCUUGUAGUUGAUUUGUGUUACAAGUAAGAAAUAAAAGAUUUAAUGCCGGUUGAUCAGUUA